AGCUACUUUCUUCGGCGGAGGCUGGGUGUCGCCUGACCGGAUGAUGACAGAAGUUUUCAGUCUAAUGUGGCUACUUUUAUCAUGCGAUCACACGUUUAAUACUCUUGUGAGUUUACUAAAGGCUUUUGGGACUUUUGAUUGUCAACUCUCGUGUUUUAUUGAAAUAAACUCUCCGAGCCUGUGACAGAGUGCACUGCCAUCUGGGAACUUUUGGUUUACUGGACAAGAAGCCCCUUGGCUCCUAUUUGACCGGGGUGGACAGACGAAUAAAGCUCACAGAGCUGACCGAGCUGCAGCUAUGGGAAACCGGGGAAUGGAAGACUUAAUUCCCCUCAUCAACAAGCUCCAAGAUGCCUUCAGCUCCAUCGGCCAGACCUGUAACUUGGACCUGCCUCAGAUAGCGGUCGUCGGCGGUCAGAGCGCAGGGAAGAGCUCCGUGUUGGAGAAUUUCGUUGGAAGGGACUUCUUGCCCAGAGGAUCUGGCAUCGUCACCCGUCGUCCUCUCAUCCUCCAGCUGGUUAACAGUAAAGCAGAGUAUGCAGAGUUCCUGCACUGUAAAGGACGGAAAUUUGUGGACUUUGACGAGGUCCGUCAGGAGAUUGAAGCAGAAACCGACCGUCUCACUGGAUCCAACAAAGGCAUCUCCCCCAUCCCCAUCAACCUCCGUGUCUACUCCCCUAAUGUGCUGAACCUGACCCUGAUCGACCUGCCGGGGAUGACCAAAGUGCCUGUGGGUGACCAACCCCCAGACAUUGAGCAUCAGAUCAGAGACAUGCUGCUACAGUUCAUCACUAAGGAGAGUUGUUUGAUUCUGGCUGUUACCCCUGCAAACACUGACCUGGCCAACUCAGAUGCGCUCAAAAUUGCAAAGGAGGUGGACCCUCAGGGGCUACGGACCAUUGGUGUGAUCACUAAGUUGGACCUCAUGGAUGAGGGGACAGAUGCACAAGACAUCCUGGAAAACAAACUUUUGCCACUCCGCAGAGGUUAUAUCGGUGUGGUGAAUCGCAGUCAAAAGGACAUUGAUGGGAAGAAAGACAUCCGUGCUGCUUUAGCUGCUGAAAGGAAGUUCUUCCUGUCUCAUCCUUCAUACAGACACAUCGCAGAACGCAUGGGUACUCCACACCUCCAGAAGACCCUCAAUCAGCAACUCACCAACCACAUCCGUGACACGUUGCCAGGGUUACGCAGUAAGCUCCGCCAACUGCUAUCACUGGAGAAGGAGGUGGAGGAGUACAAAAACUUCCGUCCUGAUGACCCCACACGCAAGACCAAGGCAUUGCUUCAGAUGGUGCAGCAGUUUGGCGUGGACUUUGAGAAGUGCAUAGAAGGGUCUGGAGAUCAAGUGGAUACUUCCAAUUUGUCUGGUGGAGCAAAGAUCAACCGCAUCUUUCAUGAGCGGUUUCCCUUUGAACUAGUGAAGAUGGAGUUUGAUGAGAAGGAGCUAAGGAAAGAGAUCAGUUAUGCCAUCAAGAACAUCCAUGGAGUCAGGACAGGCCUGUUCACCCCAGACUUGGCGUUUGAGGCCAUAGUGAAAAAGCAGAUCAUUAAGCUGAAAGAGCCCUGUCUGAAAUGCAUCGACCUGGUCAUCCAGGAGCUCAUCAACACAGUCAGACAGUGCACAAAUAAGCUGACCUCGUACCCGCGACUGAGAGAAGAGACAGAGCGAAUCGUCACCACUUACAUCAGAGAGAGAGACAGCAAGACCAAAGACCAGGUGCUGCUGUUGAUCGACAUUGAGCUCUCCUACAUAAACACGAACCAUGAGGACUUUAUCGGAUUUGCAAAUGCCCAGCAAAGGACUGCUGCUAACGCCAACAAGAAGAGAGCUAUGCCCAAUCAGGGAGAGAAUCUUGUCAUCCGCAGAGGUUGGCUCACCAUCAACAUCAGCAUUAUGAAGGGAGGCUCCAAGGAAUACUGGUUUGUCCUGACUGCUGAGUCUCUUUCCUGGUACAAAGAUGAUGAGGAGAAGGAAAAGAAGUAUAUGCUGCCUCUUGACAACCUGAAGCUGAGAGAUGUGGAAAAGGGCUUCAUGUCCAGCAAACACGUCUUUGCCAUCUUCAAUACUGAACAAAGGAACGUUUAUAAAGACCUGCGUCAGAUUGAACUGGCAUGCGACACUCAGGAGGAUGUUGACAGCUGGAAGGCUUCAUUCCUAAGGGCUGGUGUUUACCCAGAAAAAGACCAGACUGAGAAUGAAGAUGCGAUAACUCCUGGUGACACCGUGUCCAUGGACCCGCAGCUGGAACGACAGGUGGAGACUAUCCGCAACCUUGUGGACUCAUACAUCGGCAUUGUCAACAAGUCCAUCAGAGACCUCAUGCCCAAGACCAUCAUGCAUCUUAUGAUCAACAGCGCCAAGGACUUCAUCCACUCAGAGCUGCUUGCCUACCUGUACUCUGCAGGGGACCAGGGCAGUUUGAUGGAGGAGUCAGCAGAGCAGGCUCAGAGGAGAGAUGAGAUGCUGAGGAUGUAUCAUGCUCUGAAAGAGGCUCUGGUCAUCAUUGGAGACAUCAGCACCACCACAAUUUCCACUCCGGUGCCCCCGCCUGUCGACGACACCUGGAUUGCCAAAGACCCGAGUCCUCCUCCAGCAUCCCGUCCUGCCUCAGCAACAGGGCCCCCUCCCAGCCGACCCCCAGGAGUGAGGGGGGCCACCACGGGUGCGCCACCCCCUCUCAACCCAUCACCGGCAUUUGGAGCACCUCCCGUGCCUUCCCGACCUGCAGGCGAUCCCAACUCUGUUCCUCUAGUGCCAUCGCGGCCAGCCCGUGUGCCUCCAGCGCUGCCACCGGGCAUUCCCAGGCGACCGCCACAAGUCCCUGCUCGUCCCAACCACUGGUGAGGGAAACUCAGAUGUUGUCCAUUCAGCCUCAGACUCUACAGCAGAAGCAAGAUUCUCCUUUCUUUAGAUUUGCCUCUAAUGUACAAUUCUAAGGUAGACACUAAAAGAAGGGGGAUACAUAGAAGUAAUGGCGAUACACUACAACGGCAGUUGUGAUUGGAUCAAAGCCAACAUCCUGCAUGUGUUGCCAUAUGCAUGAAAUACAAAAAAUAUUGGCAUCCUCUGUACAUUCAGGUAACUAUUAAAUUUAUUUCAAAUUUCUGUUAUUUAACAUACUGUGUAAAAAUUGUCAUUCUUCACAUUUGCCAAUAAAUGCUACUAAA